AACACCGAACGUCCAAAGGUGGCGGUAAGACGUAGCUGCAGCCACGACUGCUACGCUGCAAGCGUUACCAAUCGGCUCAGAGAAAGAACCAGGAGGUAACAGGGGCCGCACUAUCAUCUACAGUGAAAGAAGGGGAGUCGACGAGCGAGCAAAACAAAACCAUUUUCUUCAACGGAGCACCUGAGUUGCCUUUUAGCAGUCCUAACAGUUCGGGAAAAAAAAAACACUGAAAACAUCGUCUAGAAGGUGGACAGUCCGCUGCCUGGUCACUCGUGGUAACUCUCCGCCAUGCCUUUUCCCUUUGGCAAGUCCCACAAGUCACCUGCGGACAUCGUCAAGAACCUUAAGGACAGCAUGACCGUGCUCGAGAAGCAUGACAUCUCAGAUAAAAAGGCAGAAAAGGCUGCAGAGGAGGUGUCAAAGAGCCUGGUAGCUAUGAAGGAAAUCCUGUAUGGGACAAAUGAAAAGGAGCCGCAGACAGAAGCAGUGGCCCAACUAGCCCAGGAGCUCUACAACAGCGGCCUGCUCGGCACCCUGAUCGCAGACCUUCAGCUCAUCGACUUCGAGGGUAAAAAAGAUGUAGCCCAGAUCUUCAACAACAUCCUGAGGCGCCAGAUUGGCACUCGGACACCUACUGUAGAGUACCUGUGUACCCAGCAAAACAUCCUUUUCAUGUUGCUGAAAGGGUACGAGUCCCCAGACAUCGCCCUAAACUGCGGCAUCAUGCUGAGGGAGUGCAUCAGACACGAACCCCUGGCCAAGAUCACACUGUGCUCGGAGGAGUUCUAUGACUUCUUCAGAUACGUGGAGAUGUCCACAUUCGACAUUGCCUCAGAUGCAUUCGCCACUUUCAAAGACCUCCUAACAAGACACAAGCUACUGAGUGCUGAGUUUCUGGAGCAGCAUUAUGACAGAUUCUUCAGUGAAUAUGAGAAGUUACUGCACUCAGAAAACUACGUGACUAAACGGCAGUCCCUCAAGUUGCUCGGGGAAUUGCUUCUCGACAGGCACAAUUUCACCAUAAUGACGAAAUACAUCAGCAAGCCCGAGAACCUCAAACUAAUGAUGAAUCUGCUGCGGGACAAGAGCCGCAACAUCCAGUUCGAGGCUUUCCAUGUGUUUAAGGUGUUUGUAGCCAACCCCAACAAGACGCAGCCCAUCCUGGACAUCCUGCUGAAGAACCAGACCAAACUAAUUGAGUUUCUCAGCAAGUUCCAGAAUGACAGAACAGAAGACGAACAGUUCAAUGAUGAAAAGACUUACCUAAUCAAACAGAUCAGGGACCUAAAGAGGCCCGCACCCCAGGAGGCCUGAGGAGGUGUGCAGAAGCGCAAGGCCGGAGCCGCCAGGACCAUGUCUGGAAAACAUCCAGACGGUGUCGGCUUAAUGGACCCAUCGGCAGCAGCUGCUCUGGUUUUUGAACAAAACUGAGGAACAAAUAAAAACAAAACAAACCCACAUCAGCUCAUCAGGAGGUCGUCAGCUCUUCUGCCCCUCAGAACAAUAAAUAUUGUUUGUCUUUUCUUUCAGAAGAUGUCAGAAAAUAGUAGAUGCUGCUGAUUUUAUGUUGCCACGUCAGUUCAUCACACAUAAAGAACAAAUCAAUUGAAACUAGGGCAGGCUUUCUGAGAGAUGCAACAAAUAUCAAUCAUAGAUACACACACGGGCGUAUCUUAACAUGCAUCCUAAAACACGCAUACAUCUGCUGUGAGACUGUCACUGAGGACAUCUGGAUAAAUGGUACGAACAAGAGCAUCAGAACUAUUGUUGCAUGCCCUGAAAUAUGACAGAUCCAUGGCUGUCCCUGGCGUUGGUGCCGCAACGUCUGGCCCCCACAUUCAGAUUCACGUUCAUCCCAGCAGCCGCUUUAGUUUGCAUUCUGGCCUUUAACAAAGCAACCAUGAUUCCUUUUACAGAGGACAAGCUCUCAGAUGCCAUUAGAACCAUUAAUUACCUCCUGCGUACUUUAUGACACAAGCACAGUAGGAGGGAGGGUUUUAAGGUAUAAAGUAGUUAAAGCCCAUGAUUUGGGGCCCUUUAUUUUUUAAUUAUCUGGGGCAGGGUGAUCGUGUACAUAUGCCUUUUUUGCUUUAGUAGAUUUUUGUUUAAUCUCAACAUAAAUCUAUAAAUAUAUAUAAAUAUAUAUAUAUAUACACACGUUAACUGUUUUUGGUUGUCAUCAAGUUACUUUCUGGAGCAUAAGAAAAGGGACCUUGUUUGCUUUUCACUUACUGUUGAAGUGAUUGCUUGUGGGGUUGCUUUGUACAUAACUUAAAGGGCCAGCUCACAUUUAGCUAACCUGUAGGAUCUUUAACAAUUUUGUACAGCAGAGGAAUGUCAUAGCAACAGCUCUGGGUCUGUUUAUUGUUUUUUUUUUUCCCCUUCAUCUACAUUUUGAGGAUCUCUGCUGAAAAUGUUCGGGGGAGCCUAGGGAAGAGUAGAGCAUUAACAACAUUAAAUUGAGUGUGUUUGCACUUUGUGAGGUGCUGGGUCUUUAUUUCUCCUCACUGGAGCAGUUUUCUGCUUCUUCCUGUUUUCUUACCGCUUUGGUUAGUAACAUCAGAGUGCCAUGUUAACCCCCACAGUUUGAGCUUGGUGUUGCCCUCUCUUACCCUAACCCCACUCUUUGUGUUUGAGCCUUUUAUAAUUCCAGUAUAAUGGUGAGUGUAAAGCAUUGUGGGUAGCAGUGUUUCUGGGUGUGCUAAAACUGAGAACAAAUGAUAAAACCACACCUUCAUUUGCAGUGAAUGAGAUUCUUAGUGUAACACGAUCAGAUUGGAAAGCAUCUCAGAGCAGAUGACACUACUGUAAGAGCCCAGAGUCCCCUUCAUUCACUCUGAACAUGCAUGUUGCUCAUCUGGCUGUGCAUGAUGAUGUACUAAAGAUUGUACUGGACCCACCCCGACCCCCACCCCCUCCUUCCAGCAUUAGACAGUAUUGAAAUGACAGAAUAAAUUCUUGUUGACUUUAACUCCAGUUUCAGCAGUGGGUGUGUGGGAGUGUUCCUGAUGUGUCAAAGGCCUGAGCCCAACAAUUCAAUAAACAUUUGAGAUAAAAUA